UUUGCGCUCGAGCAGCGAACGUGGUAGCACAGCUUACGAAAAUCCCAGCAGCAAGUGAAAAGAAAAGAAAAGCGUACGGCAUUUUGAAAAUUCGAAAAAGGAAAUCGAAGCUCGUAAACCAAUUUAAUUUAAAAAUAGUAAUAAUAAAAUCGAGUUAUUGUCGAGAGAAGGAGAGAGUGUGGAAAAUAAGUGAAAACUAAACGAGACUCUGUGCAACCUCAAGACUCUUAACCUUAACAAUUAUAUUUAUACAAAGCUAUUUGGCACAAUUCGAUUUUUUCGAUUCAAGUGCCCACUUUUACCUGCAGCUAAAUUAGUAAAAAAACGAAAUAUAAAUCCCACAAAAAGCGCGCUUUGAAAACGAAAGCAAAAGUUUUGAUUGAAAAACCCCCACGCUCUGCGAUAUUUUGCUAAAUUCGAGUGGCAACCGCAAAAAAAACACCGCAUAAAACCCCAAAAAACACCCCACAGAAGACAGCAAAAAUGGUCGAGAAAACAGAAAUGUCGAAAUUCGUUGGCGUUGCCGACAUAACCGAGAACAAGAAAAUCUGGCGCAUGCUGCUCGGCGAACUGGUGGGCACAUUUUUCUUGGUCUUCGUCGGCGUUGGCAGCACGAUCAGCGGAAGUGUACCACAAAUCGCAUUCACCUUUGGCUUAACGGUGGCCACCAUUGCCCAGGGCCUGGGUCACCUGAGUGGCUGCCACAUCAACCCCGCCGUUACUCUGGGCUUCCUGAUCGUCGGCGAGAUCAGCAUCCUCAAGGCGGCCUUCUACAUCAUUGUGCAGUGUGUGGGCGCCAUUGCUGGAGCGGCUGUGAUCAAGGUGGCUCUCAAUGGAGUGGCUGGUGCUGGUCUGGGUGUCUCCAGCUUUAAUACCGAUCUGGAUGCUGGCCAGGCAGUGCUGAUUGAGGCUCUGAUCACCUUCAUUCUGGUGUUUGUGGUGAAGGCUGUGUCGGAUUCGGCUCGUUUGGAUAUCAAGGGAUCGGCGCCGCUGGCUGUGGGAUUGUCCAUCACUGCUGGACACCUGUGUGCGAUCAAACUGAGCGGUGCCAGCAUGAAUCCCGCCCGAUCCUUUGGUCCCGCUGUGGUCCAGGGUAUGUGGGCCGAUCACUGGGUGUACUGGGUAGGACCCAUUGCUGGUGGUUUGAUUGCCGGAAUCCUCUAUCGAUUCAUCUUCAAGGUACGCAAGGGCGACGAUGAGGCCAACUCGUACGACUUCUAGGCAGUGUCUCCCAGAAAAUUCCCUAACUUUAUAAAAUAUUUGUAAAUGUAAAUGUCCGCACACAUAAAAGACAAAACCCGCUUACCAUUCGCAUCACAUCUUCGCUUUCCAUACAGACAGGGACACACAUCGAAUUCGCUUCUUCCGAAACAAUUUCUCCUAGAAUAUAUUGUCACAUUUUUAUUUGUUAAAAAAUAAAAAAAGCAAAUGUUUAAGUUUUAAUUAAAAACGCGAAAUAUGCAAUAUAAAAUAUGAUAUUGUAUUUGAGUAAUUAUAAGCUAAAUUAUACGCACACACAAACACACACAGAACACAACAUCAUUACACAAAUCAAAAGGAAAAACUGUAUUUGAAAAGCACAGUAUGUAUUCCCUGGGAAAAUCGCUGGAUUUUCCUUACCGUUGAACACUAUUGUUGAGCACCUACGAAUUGUAUUAUGACUAUGUGUAAUAAAAAAGAAUUAAGAAAAUA